CUUCAUGGGCGUCAGGAUAAGAAAAAAAAUAGAGGUGACUUAGGAUCAGAGUGUCGUGAAGGGGCUGUAGGCGUCACGUCGGGCAGUGAAGGUGGCAAAAAGAAGUCCCUGAAAGAGACCAAGAAGCAGGUCAAGGACAUGGAUGAGAAAGAUGAGGCUUUCAAGCAGAAACAGAAAAAGGAGCAGAAGAAACUUGAGGAUAUAAAAUCCAAGGCCGCGGGGAAGGGUCCCCUGGCCUCAGGUAAAAUUAAGAAAUCUGGCCCAAAGUAAGCUAUUGCUCAUAUCUGAGGCUGUGGGGAUCCUCUUCCACUCUAUUGGAACAUGUGGAUCCCCUGCCCUAACAUCUUUGCCACCUACAGCCAGAAGGAAGUGUUAUCCUGGAGC